AUGGCUCAGAGAUUUCCGGGACCUGGGGCUGCUCCAGUUCCCAGUGCACCUCCUCCACAACGGUACCAACAACCCCAAAAUCCAGGCAUGCGCCAAUACAACCAACAAAAUUUUCCGCAACGUGCGGGAUAUAAUAAUCCGCCGCCAAAUAUGAAUACUAGUGGCGGAACCAUGAUACAAAGACCGUCCGGAGCACCAUACUCCCCUAUGCGAGGAGCUCAAAUUCCCACCCAGCCCACAGGAAAGAGACCGGCUGAUAAUCGUAGCACCAUACAACAAAAAAGUGAUUACAGUCACAGUACAAGCAAGAAAAAGAAGAAAUUGGCGGACAAAAUUCUGCCUCAGAAAGUUCGUGAUUUAGUGCCGGAGAGUCAGGCUUAUAUGGAUCUGUUGGCUUUCGAAAGGAAACUCGAUGCGACAAUAAUGCGGAAACGUUUAGAUAUACAGGAGGCAUUGAAGAGACCCAUGAAACAAAAAAGAAAAUUGAGAAUUUUUAUUUCCAACACAUUCUAUCCAGCUAAGGAACCGUGUCCUGAUAGCCCAGAUGGAUCUGCACAAGAAGGAUCUGUAGCCUCUUGGGAACUACGCGUCGAAGGAAGAUUAUUGGACGAUGCCAAGAAUGAUCCCAAUAAGGUCAAAAGAAAAUUCUCUUCAUUCUUUAAAUCACUAGUGAUAGAAUUGGAUAAGGAAUUAUAUGGGCCAGAUAAUCACCUGGUGGAAUGGCAUCGCACCUUAACUACCCAAGAGACAGAUGGGUUUCAAGUCAAACGACCAGGAGAUAAAAAUGUCCGUUGUACCAUACUACUCCUUCUAGACUACCAACCGUUGCAAUUUAAAUUGGAUCCUAGACUGGCACGGUUGCUGGGCGUUCACACUCAAACCAGACCUGUCAUUAUAUCAGCUCUGUGGCAAUACAUCAAAACCCAUAAGCUGCAAGAUUCACAUGAGAGGGAGUAUAUUGUUUGUGAUAAAUAUCUGGAACAGAUUUUUAACUGUUCAAAGAUGAAAUUUGCUGAAAUACCGCAGAGAUUAAAUCCAUUGUUGCACCCACCAGAUCCGAUAGUAAUUAAUCACGUGAUCUCGGUCGAGGGCGGAGCUGAGAGCAAACAGACUGCCUGUUACGAUAUUGACGUUGAAGUUGAUGAUACGUUAAAGACCCAGAUGAACAAUUUCCUGUUGAGCACUGCUAGCCAGCAAGAGAUUCAGGGAUUGGAUUCGAAAAUUCACGAAACCGUCGAUACAAUCAAUCAACUGAAAACCAACAGAGAAUUUUUCCUGAGCUUUGCCAAAGAUCCUCAGCAAUUUAUUCAUAAAUGGAUUGUCUCUCAAACUAGAGACCUCAAGACCAUGACUGAUGUGGUUGGCAACCCUGAAGAGGAGCGUCGCUCAGACUUCUUUUACCAGCCCUGGGCCCAGGAAGCGGUGUGCAGAUAUUUCUACACUAAAGUCCAACAGAAAAGGGCCGAAUUGGAACAAGCCCUCGGUAUACGUAAUAACUAAGCCCAGCAUUUUACUAAUUUAACUUCUAAGCUUCACUAAUAAUAAAUGGUUUGAUUUGUAAGGAA